GAGAGAGAGAGAGGAAUUAGCAAAAGUAGAAAGAAAAUGGGAUGCUGCUUCAGCGCCGGAAAAGUCACAGCUCCACCAGUCGCCGCCGCUCAAAUUCCUCCACCCCUCGAAGAAGAAUCCGUCAAAGAAGUCGUUGUUCAAUCAGUCUCUGUCUCCGUCCCCAUACCCAUCUCCGUCCCUGUCCCAGUCCCCGACCUCGUUCCUUCCGCACCAACAGUCUCAGAUUCAGAAGCUCAAGUUCCUCUUCCUCUCUCACCUCCAGCUCCGGAGAUCUCUCACAGCAAGUCCGACAUUUGCAGCGUCUCUGUCUCUCACAGCUACUCCACUGCCACAACUGCUACCGCUGCGUCCAUCCUCGAAGACGAUGCUCUCAGCAAACCUCACCGUCCUCCUCCUCCUUCUUCUUCCACCUCUCGCCGUAACAGGCCUGACAGAGUCCUCAGAUCUCCGGCAGAACGACAUUCUCCUCAGGGGAAGCAGCUCCGUCCUAGGUUAGUCCGAGAGAGACAGUCUCGUCAACCAAACCCUACUCACAACCGGCGAAAUGUGGAUUCGGGUCCACUCCCACGGAGCGGGUUAUCGGAUAAUCCGAGGCGUCGCUCACAGUCUCCAGCCACUCGUGCCCCGAGUUCUGCAAGAAGAAGCCCCAUGAAGAAACGAGUAGGAGCUCCGGAGAAAGACGGAGCAACAGAGGUGAAGAAGAAGGAAGAAGAAACGGAGAAAGUAACUGCUGAGGUAAAGAAGGAAGAAGAUGUAACAGCUGUGAGAGACCCUGAAGUGUCCAUGGAAUGCUUCAUCUUUCUCUGAUGAUCUCUUCUCCUUUCAUCAUUAUUAACUCUGAUGUGAUUGAUUGUUUUUUUUCUUUCCCUUUUUUUGAUUUGUAAAUUGCGGAAUGUAUAAUUAUUAACCAAAUCUUAUGCGG